AUGUCUGCAAAACGAAAGAGAGGGGAAGAUGGCGCUGCAUCUGCUCCCUCCAGUGGGAAGCCGCUUACGGCGAUUGCGGCGGCUCGCCUUAGAACGGAGGCUGCAGCAAAAGUCGUGAACACACCCCAAGUCACACUUGAGCAGAUUUCUGCACCACCAAGUCCGGUAGCAAAGAAACAAGAGUCCGAGUCUGAAGAUUCAGACACUGAUGAGGAAAAUGUGCCUGUACAGCGCAACCUCAAGCUUUGCAACUGGCGUAGCGAACCCCAGAACAUCCUGUCAGACACCGACACCGAGCUCACCAUCAAUUUGCCCAAACACACGACGAUUGCGCUCGUGGGCUGUUUUGAGUUUACAGUGCUAAGAGGCGCCAUUCAUGUCAAUGGCGCCAACAUUGGUACAGUUGGUCAAGACGGCCAAAAGAACAGAGUGCAUCGAGCCUAUGUACCAGCCACCGGUCCUAUAUCCAAGAUUCGUGGACUAGACGGCACAAACCACGUCCUGUUUCGGUCAUGCAGAGUUCCGACACCACUUUCCAGCAUCAGUCCAAUGUUUGGUAAUAUAUGGAACGCUGAUUCGCAAAUAGAAAAGGGGAGAUCUUUUUGCAUUGUUACUCAAUCAGAUGCCGAUGCGCUUUCCCGGCCAUUGCACCCCGAACUGGCUCCAGAAGAUUGGCUUCGCUCAGUGGAGGAUUGUGCCAGUAGCCCGUCUAUGACUGCAGUUACUGGCUCCCCGAUCUCAGGAAAAUCAACGUUUGCCAGGCGACUCAUCAACCGCUACCUGACAGGUCUAGGAAAGACUGCUCCAUCCGUGCCGGCCGUGUGCUACAUGGACCUCGACCCCAGGAAGCAAGAGUAUACGCCUGGAGGUCAAAUCUCCCUCGUCAUCGUCCGACAAUUAAAUCUUGGCCCAAGCUUCGCCCACCCAUCAGUCGUACCCGAACCAAAAGAUACGACUGCCACAAACGACAUGGUUCGCACGCACCCAAUCCCAGCAGACUUGGCCAACUACUCGGAUUACUAUGAAGCAUGUGUUGAGGACCUUGUCUUGGCAUAUCGCACUCUCCACUCUCGGGACUCUUCUCUACCCCUGGUCGUCGAUACACCUAGCUUCCUCUACUCGCAGCAGUUCGACCUACUCAACAGGCUCCUGGCAAAAUUAAGACCACAUAAUGUAAUUCACCUUGGCGAUACGUGCGCCAUCGAUACCGAAACCGCAGCAAGACUGCACUUGCUGCAAACCACUGCGUCGCAAUACCAUGGCGCAGUCCAUGAAAUCACUGCGCAACAGCCACAGCUUCCAUUGCUGAGGACGGAUGCGGAACUUGGCGCCAUGCAGAUGCAGUCCUAUUUCCACCUCAAAAGCAGCAACGCGAGCAAUGGCCAAGCACGAGUGCUGGGGUGGAAUUCUGAGCCGCUGUCGCACCUCGUACCCUGGGAGUUUUGUUAUCAAGAGAGCGAUGAGCGGAUGCAAGAUGUAGUCGGUUUCGCAAUGUAUUCGGAACUCGUUGAGCCUGCCUCUCUGGUGCACGCGCUGAAUGGGUCUAUUGUGCAGAUUGUCCAGUCGUCGUCGUCGGCUGUGCCAUCCCCUUAUACAUCACUUCCGCGGACAAAGAAACUUCAGAUCCCCUUCUUCCCGGAAUCUGCACAUCUCGGUAUGGUGGAGCCAUUGGACCCGCGAACAACGAAGCUGGUUUGCACUGCAAUGAUCCGCGGCUUCAACCCAGAGAAGAAGGUCGUCGAAAUUCUGGUGCCCAAGACGCACGAGUCAAUGCUGUACAACCUGGCACGCGAAAAAACCAUAUUGAUUGGGGGCUGCUGUGAGAUGCCAGAAUGGGCAUAUAUGGAAGACGCAUGGGCGGAAGCAAGCGCAGAGGCGAAGGAUACGGGGGUAUCAAAGGCGCUCGGAGAUGCACCGCUCUGGGUGGAGAGAGAGGACGUCGUAGAGGGCAUGGGAUACCUAAACACUGUACGCAGGGUGAGGAAGUUUCAGACCUAA